GGUUCUCCGUACGUACGCUCUGUUUUCGUUUUUCCGAUUUCGACGCGCAAUGUUCAUUUACCAUACCAGCAUUCGACCUAGAAAAGUGCCUAACUUCAGACAGAUGUGGCCAUUCGUGACACUGGGUUUAGUUUUCUACAACUUUUCUCGCUUUCUACAGAUUCACAGUUUUUAGCCUUAAAGCUGCUGUUAUUAAUUAAAAAAUUCAACUCUGUUGCAGCAAAAGGAAUAAAAACGUAUCGAUGCUCAUUGAAUGAGCACCAUCAUAUCAAUAUAUGUUUUGUAAAAUAGUCACAGCUGGACCACAGAGCUACCAACAUGAAGUUUUCUUGUUGAACAUAUAAAUAUAUAGUAAUUAUCAGUGUUUUUUCAAGUUUGCGAAUGAAAAAAUGGAUUCGUAUCGAGAUUUUUUAAUAAUAUUUAAAGAAGCUCUGUCUACUAAAGAUUGUCAAACCUUGACGAAUAUUUUUAAAGAAGCCAGGAACCAACUCCAAAUUGUUUCGACUGGACAUCUAGAAUUUUUUAUGGAUAACAUACUUAGUGAAAAGGAUGGCUUACUAUAUUUCCUUGCAUCAAUACUUAAUAAUUAUCGUUCAAAGAAAGAUACUGAUGAUAUGUGUAGGAAAAGUUUCCAGUUACUUAGUUCACUCAUUGAAAAUUUUCAUCAUGUUACAUGUUUCAAGAAGUAUAUCACUCAAAUUAAGGAAAUCUGUUAUGCAGUAUUGCGUAUGAAAUGUAAUUUCUACAUCCAGAAAGAUGCUAGUUAUACCUUCAUAAAAUUGAUAGAGAGAUUUAGCCACCUAAAUUUAAUGCUAGAUGAAAUAUUAAAUCGAUUUUUAACACAUGUAUUUCGUGUAAAUACUAUAAAAGAGAGAAAACUUAUAUAUUGUGUGAUUGGUAAAAUAAUUAAACACAAUGGAAAUAUCUGUUUGCCAGAGGUUCAUGUCAAUCUACUAUUCCGCCAUUUUUGUACUGAUGCAUCGAACGAGUUACAGUUUGUUUCUGAUGAUGUGGCGAAAACAGAAGAAAAAACAGGGUUUAGUUUUCACAUGUACUUCGACGCUAUCGCAGACAUAUUGGAAAAUAUUCAACCACCGAAUCAUAUAAAAGACAAACUCUUUCAAAAUUUAUAUGAACGGAUAAAGGUUAUUAGCAACUUGAACAAACCGCAGAUGCUGUUAAAAUCCGCGAUUGAACUUCUGGAUCGUCAUAUGAAUUAUUUUCAAAACCUUCUGUAUCCCGAUUAUCAGCAUUGGCAUAAAGUUCUUCAACAUUUAUCACAUAAAGAAGCUAUUUCAAAUUGCGGUCAACAUGCUCUGAGAACAUUUUACGAAGUUAUCGGGAAAAUUCUCAGGGAUCAAAGUAAAGAAGAAAGCGAAAUUGUGUUACGGUAUUUUCUGGAUACAUUUUACGGAAUAUUCGCAAAUACCAACUUGAAUUUAAUCACGUUGCGACUAAACGUCUUUGGAUAUAGUCAAAUGAUUAUACCGUGCAAAAUGCAUCUACUCGAAUGUGAUAUCAGUCAGAUGUACUCGACUAUUGCUAAUUAUGCUCUUCCUCUUUCUUUCAGUGAACAGGACGAUUCGGCGAACGUGGAGAAUGUCUGUUGCUAUCAGGAAGCACUCUCUAACAUACUAUGUCACAUGUCUGACGUUACGGACGAAAAGAUAAACGUCCUCGUACAACUUAGUAUCUACACGAUCAAGAGAUUUCCCGACUUGGAGAUAUUUAAAAACAGACUCGCAAUUUCAUCCUUGAUUAAAAUUAUCCUUAAUCUCGCGUCUGUUGACAGAAGUUUACUGCAAAGAUAUCUCGAUAAUAUAAUUUACGACGGUAUCGCAUGGAGCUGUUCGCAUACGUUGGCACUUGACGCGGAGCUACAGCGGGAACUAGGCUACUUGAAGCAGCCACCGAUAUGUUACAAGAACUAUCUACCGUUGUGGACGCAAUUGUUGAACAUCAAGAAGUACACGCUCUAUUGUACCGUGCAGCUAAUAGCGGAAACUCUGAUGAACGUAUGCAUAAUGCUGAUCAAGCGACUGGACAUAGAUGUGAAACAGCAGUACGAAGAUACCGUGCUUUCCGACGUUGCACUCGUACAGGGCGCUGUGAAUCAAGCAGACUUCCGUGUGUUCACGAACCUCGUGGACCUCUACGUCGAUGUGAUAGACGCGACGGAUGCAUCCCUCUACUCCAGCAUCAUACCUGAUUUUUUGCAUGAUAUUAUCAGACUGUCGUACAAGCAUCCAUUGAUAUCCGGUUUCUACAGACUAGCGCGGAUUGCUCUGAAGAUUCUCGAUUGCACAACUGAAAAGGAGGAGAAGAGCGAGACUAAAAACCUAGUAUCCAGCUAUUUGGUGAACAUUCUCGAACUGCUUCCUACGUUCUCCAAUGAGCUACUGAUCACGUGCCUCUACUUGAUCCUGGACGAGCCCGGGAUCUCAUACGUCGCGACUGCUGUGUCGUCCGCGCGUCUAGUUUCGGCCUUCAGGAUCGCUUUCACCAUGGGUUUGAGCGAUCUGGAACUCGCGUACAGCGCGCUCGACGCUCUGAAAACAUGGACCGAUACCCGACAGUCGCGGGAAGACGAGUGUAUGAACGAGUCGCUGCGAGAGAUCGUGCCACACUUGGAGUCGUACUUGCGCAGCACAGAGAGCGCCGUUGAAAUGUUGCAGGAACUAACGACGAAGAAGAAGGCGAAGUUUAAGCGGAUAGGCUCGACCGACAAUGAGUGCACGUUGCGCAAUUUCCAGCGACGAAUACUAUUGUUUUUCGGCUCGCUCGACCACGACGUAUUAUCCAGCUUCUUGUACGAGCGUUCGCUCAACACCGGCGCGUCCUGGGACCGAAAGGAUCUGCUCAGGUACUCCUUGCUGCUACCGGAUGUGCGUUUAACACUUCACUUCGACCGGAUACUGCCGCGCGUGAUCGCGCUGGCGCGUGACUCCAGCGACAGGCGCACCAGAAUCGCCGCAUGCGAAGUAUUGCACUCGAUGGUCACAUUGGUGAUCGGUUCGAUGAGAAAUUCAUUUCCCAAUUCAGACUCGUUCGUCAGAUUAUACGCGUUACUAUGUCCGAUUCUGCUCGCGCUCGGUUGCGACUCCGACGAGGUGGUACAGAGUCUCUUUCAGCCAUUUACGCUGCAACUGAUGCAUUGGCUGAGCUCGCAACUCAAAUCACUGCCGUCUGUGAUAUCGCUCGUACUAGACUCCAUCUUCAAUAGCCUGUGUGACAAUGCGAAUCCGUCGUUGCGUGAGUUCGCCGGUACGUGCCUGGCCGAAUUCACGUCCUGGUCCAUCAGACAGGCUGAUGAAUGCGACAUGCAGUCGAACGUUCAUCAGAUCGUACGCAGAAUCAACUACUUUGCGCAACAUCCGUCUGUACGCAAACGUGUAGCCGCCGCCGUGGCAUUCAAUCAUCUGUACAGGAUCCUGCGCGAGGACGACGAUACGGUGUCGAUUUAUUGGCUGGAGAUGUUCCACUGCUUCGUCCGUAGCAUGGACGGGUGUGGGGACUCGUCAAUCAGGAACGCGCUCGACCAUAUCAAAAAGGUGAUGAAAGUCAAAGCAGAUAUUCUGAACGUAACCGCUAAAGACAGAAAGAAACCGCACGAUUUCGAUGAUACGACAUUGACACACGCUCUCUAUUGGCUGCUGUCGCAAUGCGGCGUUCUCGAUGAACAUUGCCGUGCCACGUGUAAGGAAUUGUACGUUGAUAUCUCGCAAUAUGCAACCUGUGGAUCCGCUCAGAAGACAACGCAGAUUUUUGUCGACAUUUACGGAAUAGGCCGAUUGAACGACAUCAUCCUGAGAGGUUUAAAUCCAAACGCGGAGGAUAUUUCGAAUGAUAAUAUUAAGCUUCUGUUGAAGGCUUUGGACUAUUAUACGUGGUUGAUAAAAGAGAAACUGCUGCCGAUAGAGAUUCUCUUUCCGAAUAACGUGCAGGAACACUUAAUCUUUGCUUGUAUUCGCAAUUUCUCUCGUCAGUUCUUACAAACGGCCACGACGACAGUGGCGAAGAGGCUCAGAGAAAUUGACGAACGACCAAACACGUUACAAUGCAAAGCUGUAAUAGCCACGUUGAACUUCGUACAAGUGCUAUUGGAGUGUGUCAAUAAUAUAGUCGACCGGAUAGUUCUACCGGAAUCGCUGUGGUACGAGUCGUUAUUCGCACUGACGAUUGAAUGUGUGAUGCAUCCGCGUGCGAUCGGCUUCGACGUUAAGAACAUCAAGAUGAUGGACGAAUUACCACAUGUUUUGAAGUCUUUAUUAAAUAACAUGAACUCACAGUUCAGCUAUACCUUGAAGUGCAGCUUCCGGCGAUGUGUGUUGAAUACUAUUCAAAAAUAUGUUCCGCAGAUGCUCAAUUUACGCGACAUCGCACAGAGCUACUCUUGGGACGAACAGAUUCAGCAUGUUAACGGAUUGAUAAUGCUUGAACAAUCUAGUUUGCUCGAUCAAUCGAUUCUGGAGGAGAUAAGUGAUCUCGUGAAUCGCGUGAGCACGAUCGAACAAAUUUUCAAUUUUAUAACAAGCAAAUAUAUGAUGGGAUUGACUCGCAGCGAUUUAAGUGCACAAAUGUUCGACUAUCUGCGAGCUUUGAUGGUAUUGCAACUUCGACACGAGGCUCCAACGAUGGAGCUAUUAGUGAGACUGAUGUCCAACGACACUUUGGUAACCGGCAUAGACUCAAUGAACAUCACACACGGCGAGUAUUUUCAAACCAAGUUCAGCAAUGUGAUAUUCAAUCAUAUAUUGGCAAAUGUAGACAGUAUUACAUUCGUUCUCGACAAGCUAUCGCAGAGCAAUCCUGUCUUCCUGCUCAAAUGGACCGAAAACGCGUUACUACAUCUGAAACAGAACAAGCGUACAUCGCGAGAACACGUAGAUCACGUAAACGUGAUAGACGUGAUCCUGCAACGAUUCGCCUGUCUACAGAAAACCGCAAUUGAUAGUAAUGUCGGCAGUCACAGGGAGCGACUAAUCAGUAUUUAUAGCACCGCGGUACAUCUGAUAUCCAAGCCGGUGGAGAUCAAACGGAACCAGUUAUACAGCGAGCUGCACGAUUGGAUCGUGCAGCAGUUGAUCGAAGAUCACGACAUCGAAUACAAGACGCUGAUCCUGCGAAACUUCCUCAUAUGUCUGACCGAUGCGACUGACCGCGUGGAAGACAAGCGUAAUAUGUAUUACUUGUACUUGCUGAAAAAUGACCGACCGUCUCUGUCCAGCAACGCCAUGAAGGUGACCAAUUGCUUUGAGACGCUAUUAGUGCUGCUGUCAGUCACCGGAUCGAUCAUCGUGCUCGAUUGCCUAAUAAACUUUGCCGCUGGCGCUGGUAAAUCUCUAUUCGGCGAUAAGCUGAAAGAACACUUGCGCAGGUAUUACUGCCGGGAGAUACCUGACGCUACGGAGCGCGUUUUGUGCUCUCUGGAGAUGACAUAUCAAAGUUUUAUAAGGAGCGUGAAUGUAGAAGAAAAACUCGACAUUCUGCACGAGUUCCUCUUACCGGCGUUUGAUCACUGCGACGCGCCGACGACCGAGCGCUUCUUUGAACGUAAUAUUCGCGAGUUGCAUGCGAUCAGUCGAAGAAACAUAUCGGACUCUAUCAACAGCGAAUUAGAUCUUGUGUCAAAGAUCGGUUGCUACCAACUGAUGGCGAUCAUGUGCACCCGGCUGGAGGAGAGCAAGAUAGUCGACGCGAACGGCACGAUCGUGCGGAACGCAGGUCUCGAUAAUGUUCAAGAUGGCCGGGAACUUGUUCAAAGUUUGUUUAAGGACGCGCUAAAUGUGCGCAAGCUGAAAAUCCAGAUAAGAUGUCGUGACAUCGUGCGGUUGCUACACUGCUCCGCGUACAAUUUGACGUUGGCGAUCACGAGUCUGAAAGAGGAUGAACAAUUUUACAAUAUAGUGUUUGCAGAAAAUCGCGAUCGCGGUAUGUUCAUUUGGAAAAACAUUAUAGACUGCGAGAAGCAUUAUCAGCUUAGUCAGAUCUGCGGUAAUUCCAAGAGCCACUGUCGUGAGACCACCGUCAAUAUAAAGUCCUCCGUCAUUGAUGGAGGAAGAGAAGGGCAAGCGAGUAGCCAGCACAGAUACUCGCACAUUCACAGUUAUGAUUUGUUGACUUGCUCCUUGAAUGAAGAAAUUAACGCUUACGACUUCAACAAAAGUGUCCUGUUACCGGCUUCUGCCGCUAUUCCCUGCGGACGGAGUGCGACGAUAAACGUGAUACUAGAGAGCGACGAUUUCAAUGAGCACGAGUGUAUGCCGAACAUCUGCGGUAUAUUACAGCGCUUCAGCAGUCUGAAGAAGCCUGAAAAGAUGACCAAACUAGCCGAAUGUCUGAAUUACUUUGUCUUGGGCUUGCAGAAGGACGUUCCUCGUAAUAUUCAACUUUUCAUGCUGAAGAUCGUUGAUAACACGGCCAAUACGGUGUUUAAGCCGUACGCUAAGUUUAUGCUGCCGGGUAUCGCGCAGGCAGUCGCUAAUUACUUGAAGGCGAACGACCUCAACUAUAUCAUCACUAACGUUCUAAACAUACUAAUAUCUUGGCGAGACAAGAUAAACGACGAAAGUAUAGGCAGAAAGGAAGUUCAGAAUCUGUUCGAGGUACUCGUCCAAAGAGUACUUGUCAAAUCACAAAUAAGUAACAAACAUAUAUACAACAACAAUCUCGAAUUGAUUCGUACGAUAAUGAAGAAAUGGUGCUUAACGGAAUCGAUAGUCUGCUUGACCGAGAGAUUAACAAUCGCAAUGGAAGCCACAGUAGAUCUCAUUGUGAAAUUGCUUUGCGACAAUGAUGAAAUGGCGCGCGAGAUCGUGGACAAAAAUUUGACAGAGGACAUCGUCAAUCCUCUAUUGACACCGUUACGGAACUGGAACGCAGCCGAGCAGGAUAUAGUGCGGUAUUGCGAGUUUUUUGGAUGGUGGUUGAAAUUACGGCAGGAGGACAAGCGGGACGAGGGCAUGGAAAGUGCGACGAGAAAAAACCAGAUACAGGACGUGAAGCAAAAGAUCUUCAAUAUCCUCAAUUCGCCGCCAAAGACUACGCAACGGUUAGUUUACAUCGAGAAACAGCUAAAACGCAUCGUCGUCCUGUGUAAAAUUUGUCCUGAUCUGGCCGUUGACUACAUUACGAUUGUGAUCGACAUCACGUCCACGGAUAAAAAUCGAGAUUACUGUCUGGAGAUAUUCGCGCUGGCGAUGCCACAGUUCUGCGAUGCGACAAUCAUCUUGAGUAAUUUGCACCGUAUAGAAUUGCAGAGUGUAUUUACGAACCGAGAGGUACUUUGCGAAGCGAAAGCGCUGCAAAUCGUUCACAAGUUAGUUAAUACGGCUAUCUCACCGGCGGAUCUAUUGCCCUACGUGAAGCUUACAAUUUCAUGCCUCGAGGACGAUUCCACGGAACACCGAAAGCUCGUCUACAACGUGCUCAUGAGCGUUUACAAAAAAUACUUCGCUGACUCGGAUGAUGAAAACGUAACAAUUCUGCGGUCGGAGAGCGCGCGGAAACUAGUGGUUGGAUUGCUGGAUCCCUCAGAGGAAUUGCAGACGCGUAUACUGCGUUUCUGGACGGAAGAGACGGAUUUAAGCACGAAAAAAUCCAAGGAACGAUUAAUCGCUGUGCUGAAUUUGAGGACAAAGAUGAAUUUACAUAUGAAUAUUAAAGAGGAAGACGCGUACACGUUGUUUGUACCUUUGUUGAUUCUGCAAUUGACUAAGGAAUCCAGAGAUUACAAUGAAAAAAUGUUUCAUCCCUUGCACAACUGCACCUACGAAGACUACGAAAUCUCCGUAUUUUGGCGCAGACGAAAUCUCAGAUAUGUCACGCCGAUGUUCGUCGACUCGCUCGCCUCGCAGAUGAGCUGCACCUUAUCGCAGAGUGUUGAUGACGAUCGUAGGAUUUACAAGCAUCCAGCAUCGUCUCAUUAUCCUCCGUAUGGUGUUCCGAGACUUCGCGCCACGCAGGACUUGCAGUUUGAGCCGACUAUGCUGGACGACGAAGUUGCCAUGGACAUGGACGUAACUGCGACGUUAAAUAAUCCACUACUCGAUGACAGAUUCCAGCGGCCGACAACAUCUUCGGGACGGUCUUCGCAACUCGCAAAUUCGCAAAGUAGAAGACUCCCUGGGUUUUCGGCGAGUUCAUCGGAUGUCGGGGAAUAUAUUCGCCGUCAACACGUGCGGAAGAACAUGGAACGGCAAGAAAUGAUGAAGCAGGAGCACAUCAGACAGAGAAACAGCGUGAAAUUGUACAGGAAAUACAGAAGUGGAGAUUUUCCUGACAUUGCAAUACCUCACUCAAGUCUGAUCGAGCCGCUUGCACAGCUAAUGAAAUUAGACGAAGUGAUUCGCAAGGACAUCACUGUGUUUUUGUUCCGCUCCUUGGUCGAGAAAACCAUGGAGAAGGAAGAUUCCGACAAUUUCCGUCAGAGCAUUGUCGAGAAUCUGAAACAAAUCUUACACGACAGCGAGAAGGGCAGUGCUUUCAACGCCGUGAUUUUGGAGACGUUAUUGACAUUAAACGUCAGCGAUUACGAUUCAUGUGACAUAGUAAAGGUUUCCAAAGCGAACAAUUUGAACGCUAUCGGUAUCCUUCUUCUAGAACGCAGUUUACAUCCUGAAGCGAGCUACUUCGAUGAUUUCUUGCCCACACCGGAGAAGAGAAUGAAGAAAAAUGAGGAUGACCCAGAUAACUGGGCGGAGAUCGAUAAAUGGUCACAAUUGGCAUCUCUCUAUAAAUCAAUCGACGACGUCGACGUCGUCUUCAGUAUCUUCCAUGAGCAAUCCUACGACAAAAAUAUACAGGAAGCGACUAUCGCGAAUGCCGAUGGCGACUGGUUGCGCGCGAAUAUGGCGUUUAAAAGAGCUUACGAGUCGACAAUGAUUGUACCGUCGAUGCACGAAUACUGCAUGGAGGGAUUGUUCGAGCUAAUGAACAAUUUAUGCGACUGGUCAACGACCAACGAGCUCAUGGUGAGAGCGAAUGGCGACUUGAUGAACGUGUGGGACAAACCAUGGCGAGACUGGAUGAUUCCACGCUUAUGCGACGCUUAUGUGUACAUGACGGAUGACAAUUGCAGAGACUCGAAUAUUACCGACCGUGAUCUGGAAGUUAUAUACAAGUUGUGGAUCCUAGCUGAUAACAAUCCUAGCCGAUUGGAGCGUAUCAAAUCGUUGGUGGGUGAAGAUUUGGUGCUAUCUCUGCUGAGGAAGAAGAUGGAAGCGAACGAUCUACUUAACGAUCUAUUGGAUAAGAUAGGAGAGCAGUGGGUUAAGUUGAACCCACUUUGUACCGAAUUGGGAAUGCGCAAGUUGCGAAAAUUGCAAGUUAUGAGCGAUUUGCACGCUACACUGAGAGUCCUUCACUAUACCGAUGAGAUGGAUUUCUUCUUCGACAGAAUGGUCACCUUGCUAGACUUCUGGACGACGAAAGUACCGACGACGCGAGACAAUCUUAUACAAUGGACCAAGUUAGCCGCUUAUCGAAGCUACUCUUCGAGACUGUUUAACAAAAUACUGGACAGUAACAAAUCGAACAAGUAUGCCGAAAAAGUUCAAGAAAUCAAGACACGGAUACGUCAAGUGGAUCACUAUUUGCGAUUGGGCAUCGUUGACGCGGCAUUGAAACAAAAACACCAAUAUAUUGCCCAGAAGCACUUGAGUCACCUGGAAGAUGUUUCAAUCAGUUUGCAACCUCGACGAACAUUGUUCGAGGCGAGGAUCAAGUAUCUGUGCGCCAGUCUCGAGACAGACGCGCACAUGAAGAUGCGCGAUUACGUCACUUCUUGGAAAUAUUCGCAUCAGUUGUUGAACCAGAUAAGCGACGAUGACAACGUUGACGUUGAUACGAGUAUCGCUGUAAGGGAGCACAUCGGCGCUUUGGCCUCGACGAUCGAACAUCUGACUAACGAGAACGACGUUUUCGCCGCAGCGUUGCUGACAGGUAGCAAUGAAGCUAGCAUAAUUCUUCAGGACAUAGACGCGGAACAAGGAGACAAUCCAGCCAAUGUGAGAGAACUCUUGCUACACUAUAGCCUGGACAAGUUGAAAUCCUGCAGCGACAGCGCGGCAACGGCGACACGGGCAACGGCCAGUCGCAACGUCGGCGAGCACUAUUACGCCUUAACCAGACACUGCCACAGCCAACUAACGAACGGCCGAAUUAUGAGCGAGGCCGAGAGAAACGAUAUCUUCCAGGUCUUUGUAUUUGCCACGUUGCGGGCUAUGUAUCACGAUUACCACGAAGCAACUCACUACUUCCCCUGUCUACUGAGUGACGAACAACUGCUGCAAAACGGAGCGGCGCGACGAACAUUCGAAGGGGAAUGUACGAGGCCGCAGCCGUGGUUGUUCUUGCGCUGGCGGGACCUGCUGUUCUCUCAUCUUGGCACGUCGAUCGCGGCCAUAAUCGCACCCAUUGUCGAGAAGCUCGCAAAGACAUAUCCUGAGGCAAUCGCCUACACGUACCUCUUAGCGACGGAGAAGCGAUCCGUUAUAAUAAAUGAUCGUAGAACGCAGAGAAUACACGAGAUCCUGCAAGACAAAUUGACCGAGAUCGAGCAGUUUUUAUCAGCGAUGCAAUACGUGGUACAGCCGGAGCUCUAUUUGAAGUAUUAUCUUAACGAAGCGAUGGAGCUGUUGCACAAAGGAGACAGAUCGGCCUUCGAAUCAUUAUUAAGCAAAGUCUACACGCCGAUUUCCACUGCGGCGAACGAGAAAAUUCCCCGACCGGGUAGCGUGUAUAAUGUAAUCGCGAAGCACAAGAGCGGGAUUGUGGCGUUAGAUCCUGUCAAUUGUGACGCCACACGAGAGAGUGUCCAACGCAUGAAGGAUCUGUUGGACAAGUCCCUUCGGGAUCGUGCUAACAAGAAGAGACUCAAAGAAUACAGUCCGUUUUUGCACGCAUACGCGGGCGGCAAUAUCGAGAUACCUGGGCAAUACACCGGCAAUCGAGAACCCAUGCCCAUGCGUUAUCAUGCCAAGAUCGCGAGGAUAGAGCCGAUCGUAGAAGUGAUGCAUUCGCUGCGCAAGCCGAUUCGCAUCAGCAUGAUCGGUGAAAACGGGCGCGAGUACAAGUUCCUGGUGAAAUUCGGCGAGGAUCUGACAGUCGAUCACGGCCUGCAGCAGUUGUACACCACUAUGAACAGGACACUGUUCAACGACGCCGCUUGUAGGCAGAGACGGCUGAUGAUAGACACGUACGAGGUGAUACCGUUGUCGAGAUCGUUCGGCCUCAUACAGUGGAUCGAAGAUACGAAAUCCCUGGAUAAUCUGGUGUCGUUCACGCUGUCGGAGUUGGAGAGCAAUCAGUGCGAUGACAAUCGCGCGAACUACACGAAAUGGAUAAAAGGAGCAGCACCUCUUUCUACACGGAUCAGUGAUCAAUACACGGCGGCCACGGCCAAGUAUAGUCGGACGGAAGUUGUGACGAAGAUGAAGCAAUUAAUCAGUAACACCAAGCAAACUGCUCUACGUGAUACCUUCAUGGCAAUCAGUCCGUCACUGGAGAGCUUUGUGACAUUGCGACGCAAUUUCGUGGCGAGUUACGCGACGAUGUGCGUGGCACAUUGGAUCGCGGGUAUUGGCGAUCGCCAUUUGGAGAACAUCCUGGUAGUUGUGAGUUCCGGACGAUGUCUCGGCAUCGAUUUCGGCCGUGCUUUUGACAGCAGUUUACGCAUCCCGGUGCCAGAACUUGUGCCGUUUCGUUUGACGCCACAGAUACUAGAGUUAAUGCGACCCUUCACCGAGAAGCAUCUCUUCGGCACGAUCAUGACUCAUGUGGUGCGAGCUCUGCGAAACGACAAAGGCCCUAUACUCGCCUGUAUGAACAUCUUCACUCACGAGCCUAUCAACCGUUCGAGUAUUAACGACGAAGACACCGCUAUAAAUAAUCUAAAAGAAUCAACAUUUUAUUUCAAAGACAUUAUUAUGACAGUUGAGAAGAAAUUAAGCGGGAUCCAUCCAUCAUAUAUCACAUUGAAGCAGUUAAAAAGGAUGCAUAAAGAUGAAUAUUUCACGAGAUAUGAAGCAAUUAUUACUGGCAAGGAUGAAUCUAUUAUACAAGCACGGGCACUAGUGCAAGACGAUUGUUUGACAGUCACUGAACAGGUAAAUUGUUUAUUGGAUCAAGCAACAGAUCUCAAUAUUUUGGGUCGUAUGUAUGUUAAAUGGCAUCCUUGGUUGUGAUUCUAAAAUUUAGCAUUAAAAUUUAGCUUUUUAGCAUUGUUCAACAUUAAAGUUUCACAAGCAAAGAAACAGAAAAGUUCAAAGAUCUAAACAAGAAUUUUAUGUAUAUCGUUAAUUGUAUAUAAU